AUGUCUCUGAGUCUGUCCUUAUUUUUUCGCCGAACAACGGCGAAGGAGGGGAGGGGUGUUUCCCCAAAAGCAAGGCUGUCAACGGCGCGGUUCGUUCAAGCAUUCAGGUGUCGCAACUCUGCUUUUCUUUUGUUCGGGCUCUGCCGUCAAGUGUCAUGA